UUUGUCUUAAUGCAGUGCUGACAUGUUUUUAAUCCUGGUUGUAUCAUGUAAAUAACUUUGAAACUUUGUUUUGCAAAGUGCUUUAUAAAUAAAGUUGAUUUUUUUUUUGUUGCAAUUAUUAUUAAUGUCUAAUCAUCAUUAAUGUUUGCUAUUCUACAACCAUGAAACACAAACACCCAGUUACGCACGAGACAAUUGGUGCCUAUAUUAGUAAUAUAUGUUUGCACGAGACAAACAUCUGAACGUGAUGCGCGCAGAAUCAGGGGAGCGCACCCUGAAUGACGUCAGCGUGCUGGAGUGAAUGAGCAGCUGUGUGUACACACACACACACACACACAGUACAGCAGGGCCUACAGCCAGAGCUGCGGUGUGAGCAGCGAUGGGUGGAAUUUAAGGAGCUUUUUUUUUUUUAAUACAUGUUAUCAGGUCAUCUCAAAACAAUGGAAGGAGGAAAUUUUGGCUACUCCCAAGACUAUCUUGACCGCUUCAUCCAAAGCCAAGACUCGUCCGUGGUGAACAAGUUCCAGCAGAAGUACUGGAAAACAAAACAGACGCUCAUCAAGGUCACCGGGAAGAAAGAGGACGAACAUGUGGUGGCGUCGGACGCAGAUCUGGACGGCAAGCUGGAGGUCUUCCACUCUGUCCAGAGAACAUGCAUGGAGCUGCUGAAGGUCAUCGAGCAGUAUCAGAGGAGGAUCUGCUUCCUUUCCCAAGAGGAGAACGAGCUGGGUCGCUUCCUGCGCUCCCAGGGCUCGCAGGAUAAAACCCGGGCUGGAAAGAUCAUGCAGGCCACCGGGAAAGCACUCUGCUUCUCUUCCCAACAGAGAUUGGCUCUGAGGAACCCUCUGGUCCGUUUGUACCAGGAGGUGGAAACAUUUCGCUAUCGAGCGAUCUCAGACACAUGGCUGACGGUGAAUCGAAUGGAGCAGUCCAGGACUGAAUACCGCGGAGCGCUGCUUUGGAUGAAGGACGUAUCUCAGGAGCUGGAUCCAGAUACUCACAAACAGAUGGAGAAAUUUCGCAAGGUUCAGAUGCAGGUGCGCACUACCAAAACAAGCUUUGACAAACUGAAGAACGAUGUCUGCCAGAAAGUCGACCUGCUGGGAGCCAGUCGCUGCAAUCUCCUCUCUCACGUUUUAACCACAUAUCAGACAACACUUCUGCACUUCUGGGAGAAGACAUCCCACACCAUGGCAGCCAUUCAUGAGAGCUUCAAGGGCUCUCAGCAUUAUGAGUUCUCCACUCUUAAGACUCUACAAGGCCCCAUGGACAAGAUGACUAAGAAGAAGGGGAAGAAGAAAAUAAAAGCAGAGGCCGAAGAUAGAAAGAAAGCCGAGACCUCAGACGAUCAACUCAUCUCACUGGUAAAUGAAAACACCAGAGAAGGGAAUGGAGAUAAUCUCUCUGCCUGCCCAGAGUUAGAGGGAGAGGAGAAGGACAGCAUGGCUUUACUGAAUGAGAUCCUGGGCAGUAUGUCUGUGGAUGAGAGCGACUUCUCUCAAGAGUGGACCGAAGUGUUCGGAGACGGCGGGGAGGGAACGAGCGCAGCAUCAGGCAGACCAGCGGAGGACCGACUAAAGGAAGACUCCUUCUUUCUACCAUCUCAGCUGUUGGAUCAGAGCUUGAAUAAUCUGCACUAUUCCCUCUCAGAUUGCGCCGGGAUCAUUCCACAGCCCGUCGCCCAGGCAACGCAGCACUCAUCUGGAGCCAAUCAGAACCCUUCUAAGCCAGCAGUGAAAGAGAAAGAGGGGACGUCAAAAGACCUCUCAGCGUGGUUCAACCUGUUUGCCGACUUGGACCCGCUCUCCAAUCCCGAUGCGGUCGGCAAAACUGACGCGGAGCACGAACUUCACAACGCAUAGUUCUUCGUCAGCGUCAUGGUGAUCUGAAAUGGGUACAACAGAAUAUAGCUUUCCCACAUUACCAGAGAGAAAUCUGAUCAACCACACACACACACACACACACACACACACAGACACAAAUCAUCUUCUAUUUAGACUUCAAGUAGAUAUAGAGCUGAAACAAUUAGUUGAUUAAUUACAGUAAAUCAACAGAUAAUUAACAAGCAAAUUGACCAAGAAUACCAAAUAUGUGUGAGGAUUUAUUUAUGAUAUAUGGUAGUAAACUGAAUAUCUUUGGGUUUUAGACUUGGUCAAAAAGAAAGAAUGUAAAAUUAGAAGCGUUUUCACUUGUUAAAGACCAAACGGUUAAUUAUCAUAAUGAUUGUAAUGACUUACUAUAUCCUAUAAAUAAAAAAAGAUAGUUCCUUUAGAACUAAAACAAUGGUACAUUGUAAUGAUAAAAUGUCUUAUUAUAACGAUACACAUAUAUUGUUCUAAACAAGAGAAAUGUUCCUGUUAUAACAAGAAGCUGAUCAGAUUUGUUUCUCUUGGUGACAGUAUUGCGCUGCCGUGUCCCACAAACAACUAGCAGCUCUUUCAUUUGGGUUAAACAUGUUUCGCAUGAAUACCUCAGUAUGAGAUUCGCAACAAGAAGCCUUUGACAUGAGCGGCCUUGGAAAUCUGUAGUCUUCAGUAGCAUCCAUGCCUUAUUUCUGAUUCUCAUUACUGAAGAUUGCAAACAGGCAAAACUACACGAUAGUGGACAACAACAUGGCAAAAAGAUCACAGUGACUGAACUUGACUGACAAUUACUGGCAACUAUUUGAACAAAGAGCCAAAAAAAGGUUUCCUUUUUAAGAUUUAUGCUUUUGGAUUUGUUUGCUACAUGCUGUAUUUGAAUAUAUCCCAGAAAAAUACACAUAUCAUUCAUGUUUUACUGCAUGUUGCAUGUUUAGUAUCUAGUAAAAGUGUGAUUGAAUGAACAAUGCGUGAGAUUUCUUUUCAUGAAUUUAUUUAGCCCACUUAUUGGCUUUCAUGGGAAAUAUAUGCAGUUUUCAUUGGACUGAUUUCAGAGCCCAACUAAACUGAAAGUUAGAUGAUCAUGAAAAUACAAUAUUAUACCGAUUUUGACCAGAAUGCUGCAUAAAUGAUAUCAGAGUAAACGCCUUAAUCUAAUCACAAAUCAACAAUAUAGAACCUCAUCAUCAUUAUUAUUAUUGGCUUCCUCAUAACGUAUAUUGAUUGUGAAUCUAUUUUGUUGCAACUUUGAUGUUCAAGCCAUGUGACAUUUGUUAAUAUUUAAAAUCAUAACCUUACCUCGACUCCUACUUGUAUUUAAAUGCCACGUUUCUGAAUACUGAUAUUAUUUGUCGAUG